UGUGUGUGUGUGUGUACUGGGAACCGGACGGACGGAUCUCGGGUCAUCUGCAGCUGCGGCGCGCGCACGCGGAGGGCGCAGGAGGAGGCGGAGGGAAAAAAUGGCGGCCAUCAACUAGACCAGGACACACGGGGACAAGUCGGAGCAGAAGAUCCGAAAUAGUUUCCCUGAUUUUCCAGGGAGUGUUCAGUGAUGGAGGUGCUACAGUGCGAUGGUUGCGAUUUCCGUGCAGAGUCCUGUGAUGAGCUCAAAGUUCACAUUCAGGACGUCCACACCGUUUUCCUGCAGCCUACAGAUGUUGUGAACGAAUCACCUCAAAGGUCAAGGUCCGAUUCCUUAAACUCUUUCAGCCACACAGAGGAGGAUGACGAGGAUAUCGGCAAUAAUGAAUGUGAAUUUCCACACAAGGAAACAGGCCUCAACUCUGUAACCACAGAUUCAGGGCCCUUCUCCAGUUCAAACCAAACGGUUUACAAUCCCUCAGCUGACAAGACAACAAACCCGUUUUUUCAGUGUAAAUUUUGUGUGCGUUACUUCAGAUCAAAAUCCCUCCUCAAUGAGCAUGCUAAGAAGGUCCAUGGGAUUGAAGGAGGAGCUUAUUCAAAUGAUCAUUCAAAUUCACUCGACACAUCCAAGUCAGGCUUCAAUGUUACAGCACACCAUAGUGUAGAAAAGCUGUACUCCUGUCAGUAUUGUACAUAUAAAUCUCCUCGCCGAGCAAGAAUACUGAAGCAUCAAAACAUGCACCACAAAGAUAAUUUUCUUGCCCAUUCAGAUUCUCCUGUUGAAGCAGAAGCUGAAACAGAGGUUCUGGAUAUGGACUCAGAUGCCAUGUCUUCGGAAGAACAGUGUGAGGAAUCGCAGGAUCAUACUGAACGCAAUGUUUUGGAAUCCAUGGUCAAAGCUCGGUCCAGAGGUGGAUUCAGCUGUGAAUGGUGUGGCUUCCAGACCUUGCAAAGACAACAGUUAUGUGAUCACAUGAUGAAGAAGCAUCGGAACAUGGUUAAGAUUAUGAUAUCACUGCAAAAGCCCAAAGCAGACGGAAGUGCAGGAUCUUCCAAAUCAAAUUCUCCUUCAUCACCAAGAAGCACUCCAACAUCCAACUUGAUGUUGACUGAUCUAAGUGGAAACGAAGGCUCCGCAGCAUCUGUGAAAGGCAGUGCCUCAGUGAAGUCCCUAUCAGGGCUGUCACGUUUUCAGUAUUCCCACAUUGCAGGAAAGAUUCCCAACAGUACAGGAUCUUCCAUACUGUCAGAGAGGUCGACUUUUGCCAUGUCAGACAUGUCACAGUCAAGGGUAGAUUUGGAAACCAGUGUGCUGAAUGAUUCACAGAGCAGCUCUGAUGAUGAACUCUGUGACGUUGAUGAUCCAGCUUACAACGACUCAUUGUUCACUGAGGAUUCUGCUAAGCUGCUUCUGUCAGAGGAGGAUAAUAAACUGCUGGAGACGGAAGGCAUUCCGAUUGGAAGGCAUUUGAAUAGGUUCCAGUGCCCAUUCUGCUCUUUUUUGGCUAAACACCAUAGCAGCAUCUUUCAACAUAUAGAAAACGUACAUUUAGCCAGCCAAACCACCUUGUACAAGUGUAACGAGUGUACGUUUCUUUGUACAAGUUCAGUAAAACUUGCCACACAUAAGCAAUGUCACAGUGGCUCCACUUCUGAAUGGGACAUCAUGGACCUAACCAAUGAAAGCCAAGAUGGCCAAAUUGAAGACUCGGUCAAUGGAGGAAAUGGCAGCUCUACCAUGAAUGGCCAGAAAUCCACUGAUGUAGAAGAGGAAAAUUCUCAUCACUGUUCACUCUGUAAUUUUUCUACAAUGUCACUGAAAGGUUUACGUGUCCACCAGCAACAUAAGCACUCAUACUGUGAUGGGAUGCAACCCACAAGUCAAGAUGAUUCGUUAAAUGAGCAGCAGGAUUCUGAAUCAGAAUCAUACGGCACAUCAAAUUUUGUGCAAAAAACUCAAACAUCAAUCCUUGGAUAUUCUUCCAGAAAGCACCUUAUUGGAAAGACUGCCAGAAAAUCCAUAAAUGACUUGCCUCUGGAUCUGUCCCCUGUGAAGAAACGGACAAGAAUUGAUGAAAUUGCAAAUAACCUUCAAAGUAAAAUUAGUCAGAGUCAGCAGCAAGAGGAUGUUAUCAAUCUUGAUGAUAUGGAGGAUGAGGAUGAAGAAAAUGAAAAUCAUGUUGAUGAGAAAAGAGAGAAUGAGAACUCUGAGAUUCAAAGUCAACGCUUCACCUAUAAUACGCAGCAUUUGUACAUCAGGAAACCUGGUUUUGUUCAGACAGAGCAUGGUGUCGGCAAAAGGAAGCGUAGCUUGCAGUCUAAGUUAACUUCAAGAACCAUGCCUAUCCAAGUCACCGUCUCUGAUGAUGAGGAUAGUUUUGGUGCAGACUCUAGAGAUAUCCAGGAUCAUAGCAGUCAAGACAGCAGAGAGACGUAUCAAGACAGCACCGACUACACAGAGGAACCUGGUAACCUUUUCUACUGUAAACACUGUGAGUACCAAAACAAGUCUGCUCGCAGUGUUAGCACCCAUUACCAGCGUAUGCAUCCCUAUAUUAAGUUUAGCUUUAAAUACAUUCUUGAUCCAGAGGAUCAGAGUGCUGUCUUCCGUUGUCUAGAGUGUUUCAUAGAAUACAACAAUUUCAGUGACUUACACCAGCACUACAUGGAUCACCAUCCAGAAGCUAGCAAUGUUCUUAACUUUAACCAGCCCGAUUUGGUGUACACAUGUCGCUUCUGCUCAUACACCAGCCCAAAUGUGAGGAGCCUGAUGCCUCAUUACCAAAGAAUGCACCCCUCAGUUAAAAUAAACAACGCCAUGAUCUUCUCAAGCUAUGUGGUUGAUCAGCCUCAGAAAGGAACUACAGAGUCACAGACACUGAGAGAAAUCUUGAAUUCGGGGCCCAAGAGCUUCACCACCUCUGCCUCAAGGUCUUCUUCCAGUCCCGCCCUUAAAAGCUCGAUCAAAACACCUGACUCAAAAAUGGACUCUGAAGCUUUUAGGGAAAUUGUCGAUGGUAACGUUGUGGUGUACGAUUGCGACAUGUGCUCAUUUGCAAGCCCCAAUAUGCACUCAGUACUGGUUCACUAUCAGAAAAAGCAUCCUGAACAGAAGGCGUCAUACUUUCGCAUACAGAAGACCAUGCGGGUCAUAUCAGUAGAUCGAGCGCAAUCAUCAGCCAACUCCACAUUUACCCUGUCAAGUACUCCAAAGCCCUCAAAUGCUAUGCCCUCGACUCUAGAUGAUGAGCUUUACUACUGCAAACACUGUGUUUACAACAACCGAUCUGUGGUGGGCGUUCUAGUUCAUUACCAAAAACGCCAUCCGGAAAUCAAGGUGACUGCUAAAUACAUAAAGCAUGCACCUCCUACACUUGGGUUGAUGAAGCUUAUGGAUGAGUUGCAGAUUGCACCUCCUAAACAGUUUCUGAAACAGUUAAGCACCAAUGCAACUGAUGGAUCCAAUCAUUUGCAUCCAAAAGGAACUACAGACAAAGGGGAGGGUGAGAUGUUGUUUUUCUGCCAGCACUGCGACUACGGGAACCGCACUGUGAAAGGGGUGUUGAUCCAUUACCAGAAGAAGCACAGAGAUGUAAAGGCAAAUGCAGAUUUGGUGCGGAGACAUACCGCUGUGGUACGCAGUCAAAGGGAAAGGGCUCAGAUGAUACAAACAGGAAGUUCCACAUCCACUGCAACCUCAGCCACUGAUGCAGAGAAAUCCAAAGCACUUAGAUCUUUAAAGUGCAGACACUGUGCCCACACAUCUCCUUAUGUGUAUGCCUUGAAGAAGCAUCUUAAGAAGGAUCACCCCACUGUGAAGGCCACAGCCAUGACCAUCUUGCGCUGGGCUUAUCAAGAUGGGAUCUUGGAGGCUGGUUAUCACUGUGAAUGGUGUAUUUAUUCCCAUGCUGAGCCCAGUGGGCUGCUCAUGCAUUACCAAAGACGACACCCAGAGCACAGUGUUGAUUAUGCUUAUAUGGCAAGCAAAUUGUGGGCUGGUCCUGAUACAUCCACCUCCAAGCAGUUGGGCAACUCUGAAAUAAAGCAUUACCAAUGCAGAGAUUGUGCCUUUGAGGCUUGUUCUGUUUGGGACAUCACCAAUCAUUACCAAGCUGUUCAUCCGUGGGCUAUCAAAGAUGACGAGUCUGUUCUCAUUGAAAUCAUUAAAGGAAACCAAACAUCAGAUAAACGUAUGUCUCCAGUUGGAAAGGGAAAUGUCUUAACAUCCAGCCCAUUCAACAGUCAUCAGUCUGAUGAAGGCACAUUGGAGAUUAGCAGGUCAGCACCUGAGCAUCAUCCCCACCUUUCCUUCUCCACGAGCUCCUCUAUCUCAAACAAUCCCUACCAGUGCACUGUGUGCCUGUCUGAGUACAAUAGCCUCCAUGGACUUCUGACUCACUAUGGCAAGAAACACCCAGGCAUGAAAGUGAAGGCUGCAGACUUUGCACAGGAAGCAGAUAUUAAUCCCAGUGCGGUUUACAAGUGCAGGCACUGUCCAUAUGUAAACUCGCGUAUCCACGGGGUUCUUACACAUUACCAGAAACGGCAUCCCCUGGUCAAAGUAACUGCAGAAGACUUUGCUGAUGAUAUUGAGGAAGUCAAAGAUUUGGUGCCAGAUGGAGAUGAAAGAUCAAAAAACCAGAGGCAGGGUUACGGUGCCUACAGAUGUAAGAUGUGCCCUUAUACUCAUGGAACACUUGAAAAACUGAAGAUUCAUUAUGAGAAAUAUCACAACCAGUCAGUUUCAGAUAUAUUUACGCCAACACAUUUGCAAUCCUUGGUUAGAAAAGAGGACACUGUUGCUGAAUGCACUGCUAGCAGUAUGACAGAAGCAUCCGAAAGAUGUGAGUUUGACCUUGCCCUCUCAGAAUUUGCAAAGGGAGAGAAACAUACCGUGUUCAGAUGUCAGCUCUGCAAAUACUUCUGCUCAACCAGGAAGGGUAUUGCUCGCCACUACCGCAUCAAGCACAACAAUGUACGAGCUCAGCCCGAAGGCAAGAACAAUGUCUUUAAAUGUGCCCUCUGCUCCUACACCAACCCCAUCCGGAAAGGUCUGGCUGCACACUAUCAGAAACGGCAUGACAUUGAUGCUUACUACACACACUGUCUCGCUGCUUCUAAAACCUUGAGUGAGAAACCAAAUAAAGUGACCGUACCACUGGCCUCAGAAGAAGAUAAGUCAAUGAUGAGUGAGGAGCUGAGGCAAGCAGUUGACCGAAGAAAGUGCUCAUUGUGCUCUUUCCAGGCAUUCAGCAGGAAAAGCAUUAUCUCACACUAUGUCAAGCGACACCCCGGGGUUUUUCCAAAAAAGCAGUCCUCCAGCAAACUCGGUCGUUACUUCACUGUGAUUUACCCCAAGGACCCAGAGACACCAGCCAUUAUAGAGGAUGUAGAACUGGUAGAAGUAAAAUCAGAGAAUGAUGGAGAACAUAUGGAAAAUGACUUGGAAUGGCCACAAUUCAAGUGCAUGAUAUGUUCUAAGCUGACAUUUGACACCACAGACCUUCUCGUCUCACAUUACAACGAUUACCACAGCAACGAGCUCAAGCGGGACUUUGUCACUAUACAAAGCCCAGUGGAGGAAGGUGCUGAGCUCUACCAGUGUGCUCACUGUGAAAUCAAGUUCCUUACUCUUCCUGAACUCAGCAUCCACCUUAGGAAACACAAUGAGAAGUUUGAGAAAAGGAACAUACGCCAUGAACAGAGGAAGGAGCUCCAGAUCAGGCGGAAAUCCACAGUGACACUUGAGACACAACCAGAAAACAAGAUAGAUGGCUCAGCUGAAAAAUCACCUAUUGGCUACCGAUGCAACUUUUGUGUUGAAAUUCACCCGACACUUAGAGCUAUUUGCAACCAUCUGAGGAAGCAUAUUCAGUACGGCGAAGUCAAAGAAGGACAUGUAGAGCAGGGAGUGGUGGAAAUUUCUGAUGGUGUCACCAAUGGUAGCAUGGAGGAUACGGUCACUACAGACACUAUUCCCACCGAGACAGGGGACGGCGUGUUGCUCACCAUGGAAACGGGAAUCACAGAGAGGGUUCCAGAACACCGGUGCGAUAUGUGUGAUCGAGUUUUCAUGUCCAUGCAGGGACUCCGAUCUCAUGAGCGAAGUCAUUCAGCUACAGCGAUGAUCAACAGAGACGACAAGUACAGUUGCCAGUACUGUCAGUUCCAAUCGGCUUUCAGGCACAAUCUGGACCGCCACAUUCAGUCUCAUCACGGACAUCACAAACCUUUCCGCUGUAAACUAUGUCCCUUUAAAUCAGCCUACCUGAGCCGCCUGAAGAGUCACCUGCACAAAUCACAUGCAGGUGAGAACACAUAUAAGUGCAUCUCAUGUCCAUUCUCAACAAUGACGAUCAGUCAGCUUAAGGAUCACUCGCUGCGAGAACAUGGACAAACUCUCACACUGCCCCGACUGAGAGCCCGAGCUGCCCUGCGCACCACACACACAAUCACAAACAACGACUCCCAACACACACCUACCGAUGCCACCACCACCAACUCUGUGGCAUAUUUGGAGCCACCAGAUGUUCAGCAGCAGUUAAGUCAUUACCAGCUGGCAUCACGAAAUCAGGCCCCACCCACCCUCUUGUCAGUUUCCCCUGGCCCCUCACCAUCGACAGGGGCAGAGACAUUGGGAGCACUGACCCGCCCUGACGCCACCCUAACCUGUGAAUUCUGUGAGUUCAGUUCAGGUUACAUGCAGAGUCUGAGGAGACAUUACCGAGACCGCCAUGGAGGAAAGAAACUCUUCAAGUGCAAAGACUGUUCCUUCUUUACAUGCUACAAGUCCACUUUCACCCUGCAUGUGGAGGCUGGACACAGUCCUCCAUCUGAUGAUGGACUAAGAGAACUGCGCUGUCCUUUCUGUCUCUAUCAUACCAAGUCUAAGAGUCAUAUGAUUGACCAUGUCCUCCUUCACAGAGAAGAGCGAGUGAUCCCUCUGGAAGUAUCUCGAUCCAAACUGUCUCGUCACCUGGACGGUUUGAUCUUCCGCUGUCAUAAGUGCACGUUCACAUGUUCGAGUGGCGACAGUUUGCAGCAGCACAUCGACAAACACGAAGAGCCCAAACCAUAUGAGUGUCGACUGUGUUACUAUGACACAAAACACCAAGAGCACCUUGAGGAUCACCUCCGUGACGAACACAAGGUGAUUCGUAACUUUGAGUUGAUGGGUCGUGUGAAUCUGGACCAGCUGGAUGUUCUGAAGGACAAAAUAAACAGUGAAGAGGAAGAGGAGUUGAAGGAGGAAGAGGAAGAAAAGGAGGAACCUUUGGCCAUUGAGGAAGAUGAGCAAACUGAGGAGACAGAAAGAAUAGACGAGGAAGAGAUGGAGGAGGAAGUGACAGCCACACAGGAAGAGAGUACACUGGAAGAAGAGACGCCGGAAAUGAUGAUGCCGUGUUCUCCAAGUGUAGGGAAAAAGUUUCCAUGUGAGUUUUGUGGCCGAACUUUUUCUCUUAGUUUGGAAUGGGAACGUCAUGUUCUCCGCCACGGCAUGACUGUUAACAGCAACAUGAGCGCUAUGAGUCCAGUUGCCUCGGUAACAAUAACAGAUGAGGGCAACGACCAAUCAGCUAACACUACAGAAGUGGAGAGAGCGUAUCAAUCCAGCCACUCGGAGCAACAGAGUUCGGUUCAGAAUGAGGACAAUUGAGAGACCAAAAAUGACAUAUAGAAAUGUACUGUGUUAUAAUGGUGUAUGGUUUGUUGUUGGGGGAAAAAAAACUAGGCUGCUUCAUGGACACUUGAUUUAAAAAAGUGAGGAAAAAAGCAAAACUUCAUGGUUUUGAAGCAUUGUUAGAUUUUAAGUGUUAAACAUGGGUUCUAUAGGUUGUGUUACAUCCUAGCUGUGUGUUAAAUCGCUGAUCCUUUAAAAAGUGUGACUUGGUCCCAUAGGACAGAUGCUAAUAAUAUAUUGGUAACCAAUAGUGACGAAUCUGUAAGAACUCUGUUCAGGUUAAAUAAACACUUUGUGUAAGGUGAUGUGUUAAAAAUGUCCCCAAUUUUACUUUUGGUUCAAAUUUUAAAUAUAUUUAACAAAUAUGAUAAACAUGACCAAUGAUUGAUUCUACUGGUUAUGUAUUAAACGAAUAGUGUGUGUUUCAGCACAUCCCAACACCACGUGUUAGAUUCAUAUCAGUGAAAUUGUGAGGAUUGUCAAGGAUUGGACAUUACGAUUGUGACAUUUAUAUUUAUAUUAUGGAUAUAUUGGGCUCUAAUUUUCUCACAAAUAAAUAAAUAAAAUUUCUAUUUUUAAGGUUUUUUUUUAUUAUUAUAUAGCAAAUAUUUAUCGGAUUGGACUUUGUAUUAGGCAAAAAUUGUUAAUAUUAUAAAAAAAAUUACUUCAUUACUUUUUUUAAAAUUACAUUUAAUGUAACUGUAUUUUAUUCUAUUAUUAAAAAUAUAGUAAUUACCGGUUCUGUUAAACACCAAAAAGCAUGGAUGAUAUCUUUUAAUUUAUAUAUAUUUGGCACUUUGAUCAACAUAAAAAAGAAAAUCCACAAUUGUUAAAAAUGUUCAGAACACUAAAUAACGAAUCUUAUUUUAGGCAAUUAAAUAUGUUGAUAUCACAGCUCCAUUUCUGUGAGCUGAAUUUCAUGUCUAUACCUUUUGUUAGAGCUCUUUUAUAAACAGCUACAUUUCUGUCCCGGUGGAAUAAGUUCGACUAAAAUGGUGAAUAUUCCUCAGUUUAAAUAGGAAGCUAUGAUGUUUGUGGAACACCUGACACAGAUCGUGUGAUUUGACCUGAACGCUGACUUACAGAUUCAAUAUUUUUUACAUUUUUAGCCUUGUGUUAAUCUUUAAUCCUGUAGCUGAAUUCCUUCAGGAAUAGUCGCCAUCUUAUUUGUAUCAGACGUUUGUUGAUUUUGUUUUUAUUUAAUUUUUUUUAGUAUAUGGACAAACACUGGGCCCCAAAGUUUUGUAGCAAAUUGCUACUGUAGUUUUAUUAUAUUUUUAAUUCUAUUUUUUUUUCCGUUUCAGCUGCUUUUAAGGCAUGUUCCUGUACUCCGUCAUGUAUGAAAACAAAACUUUCUGAAAUGAAAAAAAAAAUGAUUAUGGGACAACUUAAAGCACCUUCCAUGCAAAUUCCAUGGCUCCAUUUUUUUGUGCAUGAUUACAGGAAACAAGAACUGAAGAAGAGUAGCAUUUUGGGUAUCGAGCAGCUCGUCCCAUCAAGCAACUACAACAGUAAAAUUGUUUUCUUUAAAUAAUUGUUUUUAUGCUUCUCUUUAAAGGAACAAUGAAUAGAUUGUAUGCGAUGAAAGUUGCUGCUCAAAAACCCUGAAGCCUUAUUAUUAUUAUUAUUAUCAUUAUUAUUAAAUUUAUUUUGCUCCAUUUUUUUCCCAGACACAAUUUGGUGCAGUUACAGUACGAUACACUCACAUCCUUUUUUUGAGCAGUGUGCUCUACUGCAAUCCCAUAAUUCUCAGAGAAAUCUUAGAAUAAUUCAGUCAAUUUUCUUGAAACAAAAUAUUGUAAUAACUUACUGUAUUAUCUUGGAAUUCAUGACAUUUUUGAUAAUGAAACAGAAAUCAGCAGGAGCUGUGACAUCACUGAUGAAAAAAAAAACCUCUGCCUGCCUUGUCUGUUUAACGAGGAAGGCGACUCCAGCUGUAUUCUGGGUAAUAUUUUAUUUCUGUUUCUUUCUUUCUUUUUUGUUAACAGAAGCUUCAUGUCAAGUGUUUGGGAAUGUGGUGGGGGUUUUUGUGGUGUCGUCCAUAUUUAACAAAAAAAAAAAAAGUCAUUUUGUGUGGUUAUAGGAAAUACUUUUCUUUUUCUACCUUUAAAAAAAGAAAAUAAAAAAAUAGUUUCUUUCUUUAUAAGCCUAAACGUUUGUAAAAGACAGAAACCCGUUAAAUUCUGAACACACUGGAUUGUUGUAAAUAUGAUUUAGAGUUUUGUUUGUUUGUUUGUUUGGUUUGUUUGGAGUUAGUUGGACAGUAGCCCCUCCAUCUCGCCUUCUUCCUGUGAAACCCGUGACGUUGACUAGAAGUUUGUUGUUUACACUUUGAUUUCUGGAUAUUCUGUAAAUAUUGUAAUUCAUCGGGUUUUUUUUAACUUGUUAAUAAAGUUAUCAGAUAACGAGA